GGCGCCGGGGGCGCUGCGACUCCGGGGCCUUCGCGGCGGCGCCUGACAUCGGGGCGCAGGGCGCCGAGGGCCGCGAGGCCGGCGAGGUGCUCGACCCCGAGCUCGCGCGCGCUGGAGGCUCCCGGGGGCGCCGGGGCUCUGCGGGCAGGUGCUUUUGCGAGCGCGCGCCGAUGAGGGGCGCUAGGGGUAAGAAGAUGCGCGGCGUGUGGCUCGACGAGAAGCGCGCGCGGGACGGCGAGGCUACCACUCUGUCGCGCAGCGUGGCCAUGGGGUUCAACGCGUGCGACUGGCUGGGCACGCGCGCGGCUGAAGCGAUCGUUUCGCUAGCUGCUUCUAUGCGGCGUCCUUAUUCCAGCGGCUGGGCCAGGGCGCUGGGUCUUUGCGACGUCGGCGCGGCGUUCUGGCGCGCGGACUGCCCGCCGGACGAGCCGAUCGCGAUCGUCCCAACUGCGAGCGGGGACGUUGCGGGGAUGGUGUGGCAGAUGCCGAAGGCGAUUUACGGGGCGCGCCGUGCGUUUCAGUUGUUCUUAGAAUUCCUUGUGCAGGUCAUCGACCAGCGCGGCUACGUGGAACUGACCGCUGAAGACUAUGCGUCGGGUCUUCUGCUCGAGGCGGAGAGCGAGGGCAUCGACUAUCUUGGCGCCGUGAUCGGCCGGCUCUGCAACGUCAAGGUCUUCCCACGUGUCGGACCUGGUGGUAGCUUGAUGGGCCCUUGCCUUAUUAAUCGUUGCAUUUGCUACGUGCCGGGAUUCGGCUACGAGUGGAACGAGGGCUCGAAACGCGUCGCGCUGCCGUUUGACAACGCGUGUAACUUCAAGGCGAAACCCCAUUGGCGCCCAUGCAGCAAGUACAUCGGCAGGGGCGAUCUGGCGAGUCUCGGCGAAUUCGACGGCGAAGUGCAGUCCAAGUAUCGUAGCAACGCCGGUCGCGUAUGCUACGUCUACGUCUCGUCCGGUCGCUUCGCCUUCCA